AAAAAAAGGGAGAUGAGAGACUAUCGCUGGUCUUGUCAAUUCAGGCUCAGAUCAGCACUCCUCCUUUCGCCUACUUCUCCGUCCUCUUUACUCUUUCCCCCCACUUUCCGAUCAAUAGCAGCAGAAGCAGUGGGGGGGGGGGGACUAUGGAGUGAGAGAGAGCAUAUACACAACAUGAGAGCAGCAGCAAGUAAGAGAUGUAAGGCAAACUGAAAAGGAUGAAAGACGAGACGAAGAGGGAAAAGAAAAAGUUCGGAGAAAAGCCAACAGUCGUGUUACGCAUGUUCAAUCAGCAUACCCUAAAGAAAUAGAAAACGAUUUUUAAAUGGAAAGGCGAACGACAGUUACAUUUCCUUUCCGAUGUAGGCAGAAAAGGAACGAUGAUUGGCUUCGACUUUAUGUACAGCAAAAACUUGUUCCUUUUUGUUUCAUCGAACAUAGUUGGUGUACCAGACGAAUAUCGUUUUGCCCGUCCCGUUGGAAAGACCGAUGGCCCGUCAUCAUCAUCAACUAUCAUAGGUAUUCUGCUUAACGACAAGUAUAGCAAGAAGAGUUCUACCCUCCUGGAUUUUUUUUUUAUGCUAUUCUACACCACGUUUUGAUGAUGGGGGGAGGAAAUAAAAAAAAUCCCGGAUACCCCGUUGCCGGAGACCGGAGCAGAAAUCUUUGGAUUAUGUGCAAAAUAACAAGCAGAAGAGUUAUAGGAAAGAGGUCUGAUGGAUGAGCAAGAAAUAUCGAUCAAACAUGGAGGGUAUGGAGCCAGUGUUUCCAUGGGCGACCAGUCAAUAACAAAAGCCUUUUGCCUGACGGUGAUCUGUUUACAAGCCAUCUGCACUCGGACGGGAAGCCUGUGACGGGUCGGAAGAGUUGGCUCAGCGGAGGAGGUUGGUUAAAUUCCGUCUGAAGAUGAGAGAUUUGAUCGUGAAAAUAAAUACAGAUGCCUUAGUCGGUGGUGUGACGACUGCUAAUCAACAGCUGACGACCAGCAGGAACAACAGCAGCCGCUUGAACGCCGAUGAUCCAGCUGUCUCUGGCCGUGCACUAUCUAUGACAGUCGGCCCACUAAGGCAAGAUGAUGGAGACAGCACGGAUGACGGAAGUGACAGCGGAACAGCCGGCACGCCAACCAGUCAAUCCGCAGGCUAUUGGCCCGAUUUGGAAGUACUCGAUCCCGAUCACCCCAUUUUGGAGCGGUUUCAGGCCAAUUUGACGCAGUUGCUGGACGAAGAGGAUCAACAGCUGACAUUGAAACUUCUGGAAGCGGAAGAGAAGCGCAAGUGCAUAUUGCGCGAGAAGAAGAAGACGUUGGCCGGGCUGGAUGAAAUGAAGAGAUUGAACGAGCGCAGUCGAGUGACGUUGCGUAAAGAGAAGGAAGCUCUCGAAGUGGAAAAAGCCAAACGCCUUCAGGUGGAAUGCGACCUGCUCCCCGAGAAGAAGCAACGACUUGAAUUGCUCCAGCGGGACGUGCGAGACGCCCAAUCGGCCGACAAUCUCCUGGAAAAGGAACUGGAAAUUGGACGCAAGAAAAUAGCCGCAAUCCGGCAGCGGCUGGAAGAGCAACAACAACAACUAGCUCAAGCCAGAGGACGACUGGAUCAAGGACAUCGUGAAAGGGAUUCCAACCAAGCUCGUAAACUUCUCCAGGAUGUGGUGAUCAAUCAGCUGCUGUCGGACGUGGAGGCGGCGGAAUGGAAGCGCGGCCAAAUGGAAAACACUUUGCUGGACGAGGAACAGUUGACGGCCGGAUUGCGGGACGCGAUACGCGGAGCGCACGCUGAAAUUGCCGCCAUCAACACGGAAAAAAUCCGACUCAAUCAGAGCUGGCAGUCCAGCUUGCUGGCCCUACAAAAGAGCAACGAGGCCCUAGCGGCCGUCCACCAAUCCAUCAGGAACGAAGAAGCUCGAAGGGACGAGAUGAAUCGAUGCUGGGCCAUCGGCGAGAAAGAGACGACUGAAUUGGCUUCUAAACGGACCAAUAUUCAAUUCGAAUUAGGCCGGCUGGAACGAAAGAUAACUAAUCUGGAGACGCAGUGGCAGUCGCGAGAGGCGCAAAAAAGCUCAGACGAUGAACGCAACCGUCGUCUCGAGUCCAUCAUCCGAUCUCGCGAGGAAGAGCUCCACACGCUGAUAAGGGAGGCGGAGUUGCUGGCCAAGAGCGAGAGCGAUGCCUUGGACCGUCUGCAAGCUCAGCGAUGCAAAAACAAGUCGCUCGAGGCGGCCAUACUCGAUCAAGUCUAUCGGAGUGUAGCCUGCGAUCAGGAAGCCCAGGCUAUUUAUCGGCACAUCCGCCAAAUGGAAGACAACUCGGCUGCAUUGGAUUUUGAGAUAGCCAAAGCUGAAAGUCGGAAUGGAAAGGCGUUGCUGGAGCGCGAUAAUCUCGAAAAGGAAUUGCAAGAGAAGAGGAAAGAAUUGGAAGAGAAAGAAGCACAAGUCGCUUUAAAGGACGGACACAUCAAGCAACUCGAGAUGGAACUGGGCGAACAGCAGAAAUUGCUGGAGAGGAAAGAAAUGCAUUGGGUUCGGCAAAAAGCCGUGCUGGACGAGCUGCUGGCGACCCUCGAAGAGAACCAAGCCCGCACCGAAGAGGAGAGGGUAUUGAGGGUGUUGCAGGAGCAGCUGGAUCAUUUCCGCCAGACCACCGAUAGUUUGCAGCGUCAAUGGUCAGAGGCAGAGCAUCAAUUGCUCCAAGUGGCCAUGACGCGAGAUCUGCAGGCCGUCGAAGAGGGGAAACUUCGUGACGAGAUCAGCGUACGCGAAGAAAAGAAGAAGCGGCUUCUGCGUGAAGUAGCCGGCCUGAAGCAGGCCCAAUUGCAGUGCAAAAGAUCCAUCCACGGUUGGAGAGAGUACUUGCAGCAGCUGGACGCCCGCCUUGCCCAGCAGACGGCCAACAAAGAGAAUCUAGAACGCAAUAACCAGCACUUUCAACGCCAAUGGCUGAUUCAUCUAGAGGAACCUGAACGCAAAGUUCACCGAGUUCGCGAGGAGAUCAACCAACUGCGUUCGCAAAAAUCCAACCUGGAAAUCACUCUGUGCGACCUGAAUAAAGUCAUGGUGUUGUGGACGAGUAAGCUGGCCGACAUUCGAGAAGCGCAGAGUUAUUACCAAGCCGAACGCUCCGACGCCGGAUCGCUGGCUCUCCUCCAAGCGGAGAAGCAUCGUCUCCAGGUGCAAGAAGUCCAGCUGAGGAAAGAUCAAGAACUGCUUAAUCAUCAACUACAGAAAGCCGUUCUCGGUCGUUCCGGACUGAAUACCAAAGCGGAUAUCAAGACCGGAGUUGCUCAUAAGACGAGGAUUGUCAAGGAUCCAGUAGACGCCAACGCCUGGUACAAGAUCCUUUCGAAAGGAAUCACCAAGCGACGCAAGGAGGUUCUUAAGCUGAAGCAAUCGAUCGCCGAGAAGAAGGCAGCCAACGCGGAGCUGACGGCGCAGCGUGAUUCUUUACGAGAUUCACUCGAGACGGACCGUAAACGACUGGAGCAGCUCGAUCACGACAUUGCUGAAGCCGUAGUCACCAAGAGACGGGGCAUUUCGACGCUGGUAGGGCAUCAGAAAUGGUGGCGCUUCUACGAUCAGCUCAAGUAUGGAACGUAUCGAAGGAAGCACGGAGCUGAUGCGCUGGCCGAAGCAGAGACUCGUGCGAGAAAGAAAUUAAUUCAACUGCUGAAGGUGGCCGAUAGAUUGGCUUGCGAAUAUCCACAUCUAGAAGCUCAACUGAAUGACAUCCGUGAUUCACUCAACUAGGUCAUCAUUUGAUUUGUUCCUUUUAUUAUUUCGGCUAAAACAGGUAAGUCCCAUCUUCCGCUACGACAUCCAUUUAACAAUAUAAUAAUGCUUCUUUCCUAUUGGAAAAAUAAUAAA